AUGAGGUAUUUUUUUGUAUAUGUUUUCAGUCACCCAAAGCCAGAAGGUUUGGCAGCUGCUAAAAAGCUGUGUGAAAAUCUAUUGCAAACCGUUCAUGCUGAAUACUCCCGAUUUGUGAAUCAGAUAACCACUGCAGUACCCUUAGCAGGCUUCACACAGCCUGCCACGAUAAAUAGCGUACCUUCUCAGCCAUCGUAUUAUCCUUCCAAUGGGUAUCAGUCUGGUUAUCCUGUUGUUCCCCCUCCUCAACAACCAGUUCAGCCACCAUAUGGUGUACCAGGCAUAGCACCACCUGCAGUGCCAUUGGCACCUGGAGUCUUAACAACACUACCUACAGGAGUUCCACCUGUGCCAACACAGUAUCCAAUAUCUCAAGUACAGCCUCCAGCCAGCACUGGCCAGAGUCCACUGAGUGGUCCUUUUCUUCCUGCUGCCCCAGUAAAAACAACCAUGCCAACUGGUACACAGCCACAAGUCCAACCCCAUUCCCAGGGUCAAAAGAGACGCUUCACUGAGGAACUACCGGAUGAAAGAGAGUCAGGACUGCUGGGAUAUCAGCAUGGACCCAUUCAUAUGACUAAUUUAGGUACAGGCUUCUCCAGUCAGAGUGAAAUCGAUGGAGCCGGAUCGAAGCCAGCAAGUUCCUCAGGAAAGGAGAGAGAGAGGGACAGGCAGUUGAUGCCUCCGCCAGCUUUUCCUGUCACUGGGAUGAAAUCGGAAUCUGAAGAAAGAAAUGGUGCGGUGUCUUUACCAGGCAACCAUGAUCAUCAAGCUAAGAAGAUGAAAACUGCAGAAAAGGGCUUUGGAUUAGUGGCAUAUGCUGGAGAUUCAUCAGAUGAAGAGGAGGAACAUGGUGGCCAUAAAAACGCAAGUACUUUUUCACAGGGAUGGAGUUUGGGAUACCAGUACCCUUCCUCACAACAGCGAGCUAAACAACAGAUGCCAUUUUGGAUGGCACCAUAAAAGCUGCAGAA